AUGGGUUCCAAGGGCGAGGCGCCAACCUGGGCGGACCAGUGGGCCUCUGGUGAAGACAGCGGGAGCAGGAGCACCAACGGCAAGGCGGAUAAGAAGACGGUCGCCGGCAACGUGAAGGCGGCGGCGUCGGAGGGGUUCGUCAAGGCCAAGGCGGCGGCGCUGGUCGGAGCGCACAAGGUGAAGGCCGGGACGAGCACCAGCAUCAAGUGGGUCAAGGAGCAGUACCAGAAGAAGAGGACAUCCAAGUGA